CCCGCGCCUCGCGCCUGCGCUCUUAGCUGCUCGGAGAACGCUAUGGCGGCGGCAGCGGCUGAAGUUCCUCAUUUGCAGGAGUGCGGCUGUAAGGGCAUCCGGACCUGUCUUAUCUGCGAGAGACAACGCCAGAGGGACCCGUCCUGGCAUCUCUCCCCUCAGAAAAAAUGCCGUUUCCUCUACUGCCCGGACACAGGCUGGGCCCUGGGGGCAGAGGGCUCUGGCUUUGAGGGUUGGGCAUUCCCCUUCCCAGGAGUGACACUGGUCCAGGACUUUGUGACUCCAGAGGAAGAAGCUGAGCUGGUGUGUCUGAUGGACCGUGACCCCUGGAAGCUCUCGCAGUCCGGGAGGAGGAAGCAGGACUAUGGCCCUAAAGUCAAUUUUCGGAAGCAGAAGCUGAAGAUGGCGGGCUUCCGGGGCCUCCCCUGCUUUAGCCAGAAGGUAGUCCGGAGAAUGGGCCGUUACCCGGGGCUGGAGGACUUCCGGCCUGUGGAACAGUGUAAUCUGGACUACAGCCCCGAGCGGGGCUCUGCCAUCGACCCCCACCUGGACGACGCCUGGCUGUGGGGGGAGCGGCUGGUGAGCCUCAACCUCCUGUCGGCCACAGUGGUGUCCAUGUCUCCAGAGGCCCCUGGCAGCCUGCCCCUCUGCUCAGCCCCCUCCGUCGGACCUGGUGCUUUUGAGGACAGCAUCGUGGCCCCUAGCAGGUCUGUCCCCUGCCAGGAGGUGGAGGUGGCCAUCUCGGUACCCCGCCGCUCCCUGCUGGUGCUUACAGGGGCCGCUCGGCACCAGUGGACACAUGCCAUCCACCGCAGACACAUCACGGCCCGCCGUGUGUGCGCCACCUUCAGGGAGCUGUCCAACGAGUUCCUGCCCGGAGGGAAGCAGCAAGAACUGGGCCAAGAACUGCUACAGGCUGCGCUCUCGUUCCAGGGGAGGCCGGUGUGAAUGCCUCCUGGGGUGCAGGAGCUAUCCCCGGCCUGGCUCAAAGCUUGACUCCAGCAUAACCACCGGAGGAGCUAACACAGGUCUCCCCAUGACUCAGAAGAUUCAUAGGUUUUUCAAGACAAGGUCUCCUGUAGCCCAGGCUAGCCUCCAAUUAAUUGUGUAGCUAAGGAUGACCUUGGACUCUUGACUUUUCUACCUCCUCUUCCCAAGCUCUGGAAUUAUGGACGUGCACUGCCAGACCUGGCCUUAUUUUCCUUUUGUUUCUCUUUUUGAGACAGGGUCUCUGGCCUAGACUGGCUUCAAACUCUGUAUACAGCCAAGGGUGACUUUGAACUCCUGACCCUCAGCCUCUACCUCUUGAAUGCCUGGAUGGCCAGUCUGCACCACCACAUUCAGCGUUCUUAGGUGCUGGGGGGGUGGGGCAGCAAGCAUUCUACCAGCUGAGCCACACCCCUCCUCUGUUGGGGUGUUCUGAGACAGGGGCUCAUGUGGACUAGACGAACUCACUGUGUAGCCUGACUUUGAACUCCCUGUCCUCCUGCCUCAGCCUCCCCAUCUGUCUUAGUCUGGGUUUCUAUUCCUGCACAAACAUCAUGACCAAGAAGCAAGUUGGGGAGGAAAGGGUUUAUUCAGCUUACACUUCCAUACUGCUGUUCAUCACUAAAGGAAGUCAGGACUGGAACUCAAGCAGGUCAGGAAGCAGGAGCUGAUGCAGAGGCCAUGGAGGGAUGUUCCUUACUGGCUUGCUUCCCCUGCUCUCUUAUAGAACCCAAGAAUACCAGCCCAGGGAUGGCCCCACCACAAGGGGCCCUCCCUGUUGAUCACUAAUUGAGAAAAUGCCUCACAGUUGGAUCUCAUGGAGGCACUUCCCCAACUGAAACUCCUUUCUCUGUGAUAACUCCAGCCUGUGUCAAGUUGGCACACAAAACCAGCUAGUACACCAUCGCUGAGGUGACAGCGGACUGCUUAGGUUUUAUGAGGCGGCAUCUGACCCUUGACGUCAGGAACAUCAUGUUCCCUGGCUGGAGCCGGCUCUGCUGGGCCUGGACGGUGGGCCCAGCAGGUUACUGUCCCUCAGGUUAUCUAGUCCAUCAUAGUGUGGAGGGAGUCAGUCUUUGAAAGCUUUAGUACUUAGGACAGGCAAGAUGGCUCAGUGGCUAACGGUGCGGCCACCAAGCCUGUCGCCCCGUCUCUGGAAUCCACAUGGUGAAAGGAGCGUCCCCCAAUCUCCACACAUGUUGCUCCUCUGAUAAAAUUCAUAAUAAAAGAAAACCCCUGGUCUCAUGUGAAA